UUGCAAAGCGACGCAGAAGCCGGGGGUACCGAGGCAGAGAGCCCGACGCGGCGGGGUGAAGACGUCCGAGCAGACACCGCGGCCCCCCCCCCCCCCCCGAGAACCGUCCCGACUCUGACCGGGCCAUCCCACGCAGAGGCAGAGGAUCUCUGCCCACAAGGUCCUGAAGGAUGGAAGAGAAGCAGUUUGCCGGGAUCCUGGCCCCCUCCCCAUUUUGUGGCAAAGAUGUCCACACAUGCAGCUCCCUCCCCUUCUCGCCUGAGGAAAAGUAUUGUAGGAUUCCAGCCUGUUCUGUCCCCGGGCCUGUGGGACCACUCUGAGGGCCGAUGCUGCUGGUGCUUUGAGCUUCUCAGCAUGAAGGAUCCAUUAAAGAAUGGAGCAGUUCCGGGAGAGCCAGUGAAAAAGGAUGAAAACUCCCGGAGGGGGAACUGGGGCAACCAGAUCGAGUUUGUCCUCACCAGCGUGGGCUAUGCGGUGGGCCUGGGCAAUGUCUGGAGGUUUCCCUACCUCUGCUACAGGAACGGAGGAGGUGCCUUCAUGCUUCCAUACUUCAUCAUGUUGGUAUUCUGUGGCAUUCCCCUCUUCUUCCUCGAGCUUUCCUUUGGCCAGUUUGCCAGCCAGGGGUGCCUGGGAGUUUGGAAGAUUAGCCCCAUGUUCAAAGGCGUCGGCUACGGCAUGAUGGUGGUGUCCACCUACAUCGGGAUCUAUUACAACGUUGUCAUCUGCAUCGCCUUCUACUACUUCUUCACGUCCAUGACCAACCUGCUGCCGUGGACCUACUGCAACAACCCCUGGAACACGCCGGCCUGCAGCGGGGUGGUCAGCAGCAGCGGCCACCUCAACGGCACUCUGGCCAACGCCACCACCAGCCUGGUGGCAGGUGUGUCCGAGGUGGUCAACCGCUCAAAGAGGACCAGCCCCAGUGAGGAGUACUGGAAGCACUACGUGUUGAACAUCUCUGAUGAUAUCGGGAACUUUGGAGAGGUCCGUCUCCCUAUCCUGGGCUGCCUGGCUAUCUCCUGGUUUGUUGUCUUCCUCUGCCUCAUCAGGGGCGUCAAAUCUUCCGGAAAGGUGGUGUACUUCACGGCCACAUUCCCCUAUUUGGUUUUGACCAUUCUGUUCAUCCGUGGCAUCACUCUGGAUGGAGCCAUAAACGGCAUCAAGUAUUACCUGACUCCACAGUGGCAGAAGGUUCUCGACGCAAAGGUGUGGGGGGAUGCUGCCUCACAGAUCUUUUACUCCCUGGGUUGUGCCUGGGGUGGUCUCAUUACCAUGGCUUCAUAUAAUAAGUUCCACAACAACUGUUUCAGAGACAGCAUCAUCAUCAGCAUCACCAACUGUGCCACCAGUGUGUACGCCGGCUUUGUCAUUUUCUCCAUCCUGGGUUUCAUGGCGCACCACCUGAAUGUCCCCGUGUCGGAGGUGGCCGACCACGGCCCCGGACUGGCCUUCGUGGCCUACCCGGAAGCUCUGACUCUGCUGCCCAUCUCACCCCUCUGGUCCCUGCUGUUCUUCUUCAUGCUCAUCCUUCUGGGGCUUGGAACUCAGUUCUGCCUGCUGGAGACGCUUGUGACGGCUAUUGUGGACGAGAUCGGCACAGACUGGAUCAUGAGGAACAAGACCGUGGUCACACUGUCCGUAGCCAUUGUCGGUUUCCUACUGGGGGUGCCUCUGACCACACAGGCAGGAAUCUACUGGCUGUUGCUGAUGGACAAUUAUGCGGCUAGCUUCUCUCUGGUCAUCAUCUCCUGCAUCAUGUGUAUCUGCGUCAUGUAUAUCUAUGGUCACACGAACUACUUCAAAGAUGUUGAGAUGAUGCUGGGCUUCCCUCCUCCUCUCUUUUUCAAAGUCUGCUGGAGAUUCAUCUCUCCCGUCAUCAUCUCUUUCAUCCUGAUCUUCACAGUGAUCCAGUACAAGCCCAUCACUUACAAUGACUACGUGUAUCCGGGCUGGUCCUUGGCUAUCGGCUUUGCUAUGGCUAUGUCCUCAGUGGUCUGCAUACCCAUCUAUGCCCUCUACAAGAUUUCCAGGUCCCCAGGAGCAACCUUCAGAGAGCGUUUGAAGUUUGCCUGCCGAGCGCAUCCCAAGUGGGGCCCCGCCCUGCAGGAGCACAGGACAGGCCGCUACGCCCCCGCGGCCUCCGAAGACACUGUGGAGGCGCGUCCCCUAAAGGAGAAGGAGGAGCUGAAGGAGGAGCAGAAGGAGGAGGAGAAGGAGAAGGAGAGGAAGGAUGAGAUCAGCCUCACCAUCCAGGGCAGCAACGGCUCCACCAACGCACACAACAACCCCACCCCCAGCGCAUAGACGCCCGCCCCCUCCGUCAGCACCACAGGGCACGCGGCCCACCGUCUCCUCCUCCUCCUCCUCCUCCCUUUACCUCCCCCUUCUCCUCCAUCCUCACCCCGCUUUCCCACAGUCCUCUGUGGGGGAGAUCCCAUUCGCUCGAGACCUUUACAUAUUGUAAGGGCUUAUUAUUUCUAUCCUAACCUCUUCUAUCUGCCUGUGUUGUCUCUAGAUAUAUGCAGAAAAAAAAAAAACGAGAGGAAGAAGAAAUUGGGUCAUCGUCCAAAAGAUUCGUGUGCAUGUCGGCGUGCGAGUGUGCGUAAAUGUGCGUGGGUGAGCUGUUAAUUUGUUCCUCAUUAAUUUAAUAAUGCAGUUUGUUUUUCCUUUCUUUUUUUUUUUUGUAGAAGUUGUAAAUGUCAUCUUCAUCCGCGGUUAGAGGUACGGUAGAUUGUGAAGCUGCAUGCGUUUGUUUUUGUGCAUGCGGCAGCAUAGAGACACACACUGUUCUCCUGCACUGGGUUGGCUGGGGCUGUUUGGGAUAGGUGGCUUUGUGAUCGGACAGCUGGAGACUUGUUGUGGUGCUGUGACUGUAGAGGAGGAGGGCAGAACUGUGUCCGGACGGGCCAUUCUCAGUCUUAAUGAUGCUGAAAAAAAAAAGGAUAUGGGCUCUACUGUAUAGCCAGAAAGGAGUCAUGUUCAUACACUUUUUAUAUUUCACAGCACACAGUGACCUCAAACACAGUCCAUCUCAGCUUAAGACUAAGCCAGUUGUUUAGUGUGCUGCUUUUUCUUUAAGUUUAGACGAAAGGUCUGACAGAGCACAAACACAUAAAAAGAUAUGUGACGCUCAAAGCUGAUUUUCUCUCUCCGCCAAUAGUAUUAUUUUUCGUAAUAAAGCUGCUUAGAUUUUGAGUACUAGGCAGAGAAAUGCCAGUGAAAUGUACUGUAACUCUGCAUUCACACAUAUACACACCGAGCAUUUGAUGUUUUUGACAGAAGAGGUCCCGUUGCAAAUUUCUCAGGGUCCAAGUAAAGGUAAACUUUGUGGUUCCUUCCUGUGGAAACUGUUAGAGGGACCGAAACCACCGAACUGUAAGCACUGUCAAAAAAAGAAAAAA